CAGUUCUCCGCCAGUUGUUAAAUCGCUUGGUUGUGUCGGCAACCGUCACCACGACAACGCCGCUCCAACAACCACCAACAAUUAGUUGCCAAUUUCAGGAGACAAUGAAAACCGAAACAACUUGAAUUGAAUGUUGUUGUGAGUUCUUUUGACUGACACGAAAACUGAUCCAAAGUGCACUGGUGUGUGGCGAAAAACAAAGCUCCAACCGAAAGCAAAACCAAUAAACCAAAGAUUCAUUCAUUAUGGCAUCAGGUUUGCAGCGGGUUAACGAAAAUGAGUAUGGCGGAAUCCUUUGCUUCCCCACAGAAACACGUAACAAAUGCUUGGCAGAUGAAGGCAAUGGAUGCCAAUAGGUAUGCCACCAAGAAGACGAUCGCCCAGGGCAUGUUGGACAUCGCCCUGCUGACGGCCAAUGCCUCGCAGCUGAAGUACAUCCUCCAGGUGGGGGAACAGCACCAGUUCUACAAGCUGAUGCUGAUCCUGAUCAGUCUGUCCAUAGUGAUGCAGGUGGCUGCUGGACUCUUGCUGGUCAUCCAGUCCCUCAUCAAUAUGCAUAAUACCAAGGAUCGAAAUCGGGGCUUCGCCAUCAACCACUUCAUUGAUGCCUUCAUAUUCCUGUCCGUGUUCUGUGACAUCAUGAAGAUGAAUUUUGGCCUGGAUCCGGCUGUUCCUCACACGGAUGUGGAACUUCUGAAGCCCUGAAUUUGUGAAAUCACAGCUAAAGUUAUAUUUUUAUGAACGACGUAGGCUCAGUGUUUUAUAUACACUUGCUUGCCACACUGUAUAUAUAAAUUUUUACCACAAAAAAAGCAAAUUUCUAUUAAGUGAUAAUGCUAACAGCGUUUUAGUGUCAAAGGACAAAAACAACAGAUUAGUGCUUGUUAACAGUUGUUUGGUGUUAUACUUUGGAAGGCCCGUAAAUUUAACGUUUUGUUUGCUUACUAAUAAAUCAAGAUGCCACGCCCAGAAGCGGGCGACAGGUGAGCAAUCCUAUA